GCAACGUCACGACAACCAGGAAACCGAGUCUAAAGAAUCGUGAGGAUAAAAACGUUUAUGGUUUAAUGUCGCAUAGCAGGGGAUUGCUUUCUGUCCCAUCAAAAGUUGUUCUUGGCAACAUUCGUGUUUUCUUCAACAUGAGACUGUCACACUGCAAUAUAUAAUCUAUUAUAGUCAACUUGCCCAUAGACUGUAAAGGAUGGGGGACCAUCUUAGUCGCAGUGGGAAUGAUGACACCCAGUGCAUCUUACCACAGAACAAAUCGAGAGCAGAAGGCAAAUCUGUCUCCAAGGAUACAGUGGACUGCCCCACCUGCCAGGGCACAGGCCGCAUCCCUAGAGGUCAAGAGAACCAAUUGGUUGCAGUGAUUCCAUGCACAGACCAGAGACUCAAGCCAAGACACACGAAGCUGUAUGUAUGUGUGUCAAUCGGGCUGUGUCUGCUCUUCAGUGGGCUCGUCCUCUUUUUCCUGUUCCCCCGCAGUGUGACUCUCUCAGAGUUAUCCAUCCAGUCUGUCUAUGUGAACUUAUUUCCAAAGUCCAUCAAUAUCACCGUCCAUAACACCUUGAACAUCAGCAAUGAUAACUUUGCAGUGGUGAAGGCCUCAGACCUUGAAGUGCAGGUUUUUUCUGGGCAAACGGUUGUCGGCUCAACUAGUAAUGCCAAUGUAACUACCAUCCUGCCACGAUCUGGGAAAAAACUCUCCUUCAAAGUUCAAGUCAAUCUGACCGACACUGGGCUGAUUGACUUCUGCCAUUAUCCAUCCACGAAGAUUCACAUCAUAUUUCUGAGAAUUCAGGCGUCCAUGACCGUGUCCUAUUUGGCCCACGUUGAGCAGCUUUCCUUGGAGACCUUUGAGUAUUUAGACUGUGGGGCUAACAGCACCAUCCCCCAUGUGUUUAACGCCAGCCAGUGAGGAGCGAGCAGCUAACUCGUAAGCUGGUUGCAUUCUGAGUCUGCAGGUGCUUCUGCAUCCUUGAUUUGAAGUUUGAUUCAGAUAGAUAUAGCUCAACAACUUAUUCAUGUAUAGAUAACUUUCGCUAUGCUAUCAGAAAAAUCAUUUCAGUUGUUACCAUUAUUUUAUAUGUAGCCUACAGUAUGAAAUACAGUAUUGUAGCUUAGGUAGUUAUUCAUGUGACUUGCCUUAUUGAAUUUGCACUAAAUUACUUUAUUUGCACUAUAAAUGGAGGAACUAGGUAAUUUCCUGGUUGCUCUUGCAGCUUUACUUUGUAUAGUUGAAACUUCACGCUCACGUCAAAGCAGGCCACCAUGAAUGAAGUACUGACAUCUUUAUUGCACACCUCAAGAUUUCAAUGUUUCUUAGUCUCUCUUGUCAGACAAAAUAAAAAAACUUUUUGUGGUGUAACUGGGUCUUGGGCUGU